CGCUAAAAUGCGAACGGAUUAGAACAAGUUUCUACGGCAACGUUUUCAGCUUUGCAGGUUGUUGUAUCAUGGCGGACAAAACAGCCCCUGAUUGUAGAUUACGCCUUGAGUGGGUUUAUGGAUAUAGAGGCCAUCAAUGCAGAAAUAAUCUUUAUUAUACUGCCAAUAAAGACAUCGUCUAUUUCGUUGCCGGCGUAGGCAUUGUUUAUAGUGCCCGUGAGCAUAAACAGAGGUUUUUCCUCGGACAUAACGAUGAUAUCAUCAGGUUCGAUGAUUGCAUGCUUCUUGUUUGUUUUUUGCAGUAUAUAUGUCCCGUUAUAAGGGUUUAUAUUUUAAAAAGCAAAUCCUUAAAUGCGUUUUAAUUAUUUAAAUAAGUUCAACCCCCUAUACUAUACUUAACGUUUUAUUAUUUUUACAGCGUUCAAAACAUUGUUUAACUUAAAGUUAAAGACAAGUUUUAACUUGUGAAAAUUCUAGCAGAGUAUGUCAGUACCGGUAUGAUAUUAAUUUAUAAAGCAUAAUCAAUGUCAAUAAUUUUGAUAAAUAAAAUCUCAUGGCUGAAGGCCCAUUUGUUUAAUUUAAUUUUAAAGCAGUUAAAUGAAGAGCUGAAUGAAAUUAAAAAUUCAAAUACAAUUUUUAAAUUUACUUUAAAUUAACUUUAAAACAAAACAAACACUAAGCUUAAUUACAUUUACAAGCUCUGAUAGUCUAAUAAAUAAAAGGAAUUAUAAAAUUUUUACUAUUUCUGAAUUAUAUUUGAAAAUUCAUAUGGCUAAGCAAUAUUGAAUAAGAAAAUAAGGUUACAAUAGUUACAAUUGAUUGCAUGAUCUACCAUCAUUGACUGGUUUGUGGAGUGAUUCACUUUCACUAAUUUUUAAUUUAUUUAAAUAGAUCUUCAUCAAGUAUUUUUAAUAUAAAGAGUGUCUCUGAAUGAAAGUUACAGUGAAACCUAAUAAUGACUUCCAUAUUUUAGUUAUUGAUUGAGUACCUGAUUCUGACCUUUCCUAAUAGUGAAAUAGAUUUUUUUCUGAAAUGCUAUCGGCAUUGUAUCUAGAUAGAUUUCUGGUACAAAUUACCAAUCAAUCCACCAUUGGUCUUUGCAUAAUUCACCAAAUAAAUAAAGAUUAAAAAAGAAACAAAUGCAGUUACUUUUUAUAUAGUUGCUCAAGCUAUAACUAUAGGCAUAAUUUGUGUUUUCUUUAUCAUAAGUACAGAUCUAUGAAAAAUUGAUAAAUCUCAUACUUAAGAAAUAUGACAUUAGUGUUAAAAAAAUAAACUGAAGGAAAUUUUUCACAUUUAAAAAACAAGGUUAAACAGUUACCUCAAUAAUAUAGCCUGAUAACUAAUCAAUAAAAUGUAAAGAUUUUGACAAGAGUUUGCAGGGAUAAUUACAAUUGCAUUUAGCUUGUGAAAUUUAAAAGAAAAGAUGGGGAGCCUAGGGUAAUUGGACCCAUUAAAUUUUCUAUUACAAAUUUACACUUUUACUUUGAAACAAAAUAUCAAGUGACUGUAGAGUUAAAACAAAAUUUAAAAAAUUUUGAAAGUGGGAUUUAAAUGUGUGUGAAAAAUCACAAAAGUUGAACCUCCCUCAGUUUAGUGUGGGACAAUUAUACAAGCUAUGCAAAAAAAAAGUCACUUAAAUUUUUUAAAAUAUCACAACUUUAUUGUAUGAUUUAAAUAUUUUGAAUGUCCAAUAAAUUAGCAUUCUGUUAGUGUAUAGCUAUCCCAAAACAGAUUAUCUUUAAUUUAUAUUUUAGAUUUAUAAAGAUAGUGGGGAAACGGAAAUACUUGUAAAACUGCAAAAUGAGAGAAAUAACCACAAAAAUUAAACCAAAAACAUAUUCUCUUUUAUCAAUUAUUAAAUAUAUAUUUUAAAACAAAACAUUUUAAAUAUGGGUGGAUAGACAUCACAAAAUGUACCAUAGUACUGAUGUCCCUCUUUUAUAUCUCACCUCCCCUAACUAUGCAUUUUUACUGCAGGAAUAGUUUGUAUUUUUUCUAAUCAUGAAAAUUUUACAUUACAGUUUGGCUUUGCAUCCUGAUAGAACAACAGUUGCUACUGGUCAGAUUGGUUUAGACUCAUAUAUUUGUGUAUGGGACUCUGCAAGUACAGAUACUUUGUCCAUUCUUAAAGGUGGUCAUAAAGAUGGAGUUGCAUCUCUUGGAUUUGAUAAGGAAGGCAAAGUAAAUGAAAUAUAUAAUAAACAUUUCAAUCACAACAUUUUAAAGGAAUUUAGUUUAUAUUAUACUAUAGAAACAUAUUUGUAAAAAGGGUUCAUAUACUAAUUGUUUCGUUUGUUCAAAAGUAUUUUAAAACUCUUGAUUCAAUAUUAUUUAAGAGCGCUAUCUUACUAAAUCAAAAUUCCAAAAUUCUCCAAAUAGUGAUCUCUUUUAUAAUUUUCAUAUACAUUUAUUGUUUUUUCAAAAAAUUCAGUGACUGCAAUAUUUUGUGCAGUACCUUGUUUGUUUUAUUAUCAUGUUUAUGUCAUAGACAAUUUCAUUUCAAUUCUUUUAGCGCAUAGUGUCUGUUGGUCUUGAAGCACCAGUAAUCAAUGUUUGGGACUGGCGUAAAGGAAAUAUUAUUAGCACUCUCACUACACAGGUUGAAAAGGUAUACACUGCAUAGAUUGUUCCUGUAUAGCAAAUUAUUAUAUUUAUGCUAAAUUUGUACUCUGCAUGUAACUAGUACUUUUUUUUUUUUUUACACCAUUGUUUCACCAGAGACCAAGAGUCCAAUGAAAAACAAGAAUGCAAACUACUUUUCUUAAAUUUGUAAAUAACUUGGACUUGAGGUUGACACAUAGCAUGAUGCUCAAUUCCAGAAUUUCCAUGGCAGCUUUCCCUAAGAUCAUUUUAGAUAACCCAGGGUCUAUUCAAUGAUUUAUUUGUGGGUAAUUUUGUUAUAAUUUAAACUGAAAUAAAUGUGGAAAGUAAAUGGGUCUUGAACUGAUUUUAACUUUUAAAACAACUUAUCUUCUUGAAGCCACUUAACUGAGACUGACAUGUCGAUUACUUAUGUUCUAUUUAUAAGUGAGCAAGACAUUCUGCUUUUUUGUGCAAUCCAGAAAAAAUUGAUUUUUACUGUCCAACCUUUGCCAUACUUCCCAAACUAUAAACUUUAAAAUAAUCCCUUAUGAAAUUAGGAAAUUUUUACACUACUAAGUAAGUGGGGAAAAUAUUAAUUUAUAAUUUCAGAUAUUUGACAUACAGUUCAACCCCCUCAAAGAAAAUGUGCUUGUCUCAGCUGGCGUCAAGCAUUUAGUGUUUUGGUCUCUAUGUGGCAAUGCCUUGACUCCAACAAAGGGAAUUUUCAGUAAAACUGGAGAGAUUCAGACAAUGCUGUGCCUUGCUUUUGGGCCUGAAAAUACAACGUUCUCAGGGACACUGAGUGGGGACGUGUACAUUUGGAAAGAAAAUACCCUUGACAGAGUUGUAUCUGCAAUCCACAAUGUAAGUGCUGUUAUGUAGAAAGAUGUUUUACCCUGAUGACAUUUCAUUAUCACAUGAACUCUUAAUAUAUUUUAUAAUUUGAAGAAACAGAUAAUAAGUUCAGUGUCAGUGUACGAAUUUAAUUUAGGGAUUGCAAGCAUUAGCUUGAUUACUUUAGAUAUUGUUACUUUUUGAGACUCUUCAUUAUUAGACAAUUUUUUUAAUGUUAUUUUAAAUUAUUUGCCAAUUUGAUAAUCAAGUUAAUAAAUUAUCAUUGUCUUGUAAGGUUCCAAUUGAUGCAUAGCUGUAAGGAUAUUCUUCCACACAUUUUCAUAUUGAAUCUUAUUAGUAACAGUUUCAAAUUUAGGUUUUGUCAGAGUAAUUGGGGAAUAUUAAUUAGAUAUUUUUGAAAAGAAAUUUAUUGGGGGGCAAAGUUUUCACUUAACAUUUAAUAAAAGAUCCUAAUAAUACUGAUCCUUUUACCACUAAGAAAACAAGAAGAUUAGCUCAGAACAAUAAAAAUAAUAGCGUUUAUUUAAAACUUACUCUUAAUUGUUUUUUUAUUUGCUUGUUCCCCCUUUUCCUCUUUCCAAGGGCCCCAUUUAUACCCUAGACAUGACUGGUGAAGGUUUUGCAACUGGUGGAAAAGAUGGAGUAGUCAAACUUUGGGACUUAGACUUCAAGCAGAUCACAUCAGUCAACAUUGCUAACUCCAGUGUUGGAUACACAGGUCACUUUGCAAUUUAAGUAUAAUAUUAUUUUUUUUUAAAUUUAUUUUUAAAGCUAUAGCCUUUUAAUGGUUAAACUUUAAGAUAAUGUUCAACGAAUAAAUGUCCUGGUUGGGGGUCACACUUUGAACUUUUGAGAAUUGCCACCUGACUUCUUGUGUAGAUCACAUGAGCAGCUGCCCAUAACAGAAAUAUUAAUCUUUAAAAGUAACUUUUAUUACUAGUUAAUGAAUAUACAAAAGGAACACAUUUUCACUAAAAAAAAAAUAUGUAUGCCUAAAGAGCAUUAAAACAAUUAUUAUGGUGAAAGUGGGCAAGUGGGUAAAAAAUUGAUUACAAGAUUUAAGCCAAACCAACAAAUUGUUUGACAUAAAUGAAAACAGUGGAAAAAAUUUGAUUAAAAUCAUGACUGUGAAAAAAGAAAAUCUGCAGGAAUCAUUUAUCAUUAACAUAAAAUCUAAUCUUGAUAGAAAGGCUAGUUAAGAGUUGGUCUUAUCAUUGCAAAUGUUACAAAAAAAUAAAUAAAAAUCUUGUAAAAAAAAAAAAUAAUCCAAAGAUAGCAUGAUACUCACCAGAAUCCAGUCUAUGUUAACAGUGUUAAAUUUCUCACUGCCAGCACCACUAUCAAAUGACAGGUCAACAAAGGAUUGGGAGGACAAACAGCAAAACAAAAUAAAAGAAGGGAAAAAAAUUAAACUUAGUUUAAAAGAAUUUGGCCUCAAAAGGUGUUCUAUAGUUCAAGCCUAUCUUAACUGUUGUCUUACUGUCCUUGUAAUUUUACAAUAAAAGAAACAGUUACAUUUUAAUUGCUCUUUGUUCUGACAGGAACACCUAAUACUGGUAAAUGAUUUUUUCCUGUUACUUAGAUUAAAUGGCAUACUUUUUAGAAUUAAUUUUAAUAAUUUCUUUUAGAAAAGUAUUGCAUGUUGAUAUUAUUUCAAUUUUGUUUAAAGAUUUAUGUUUAAUGAUAUUUAACAAUAUUAUUUUCAUUGUUCUGUUACUAGAUAGGCGUAGCAGUUUUUUUUUAAAGUUAUCCAAAUAAUAUUCUUAUUUACAAAUAGAAAUAUAUUAACUUUUUUCAUUAUAAACAAAAUUAAGGCCAAAGGAAAGCUAUCUCUAUUUCAAUGUUUAAACAUCUUCAUCAUUGUUAAUUACCUUGACCAUAAUCAGAAUGCACAACCUGCUUAUGAAUCAUUAUAAAAUUAGAUUUACUUGGAGAAGCUGCAAGGGAGAAUUUUUUUGUAACUUCAUUUUUGAAGCAUCUAGUUCUGUUGUAACAUGGCAACUUACAUGCCAUGUUAGGUAGGACUUAAUGCUUGUCAAAAUUCAGCUGUGAAAUAAAAAAAAUCACUGAUAAAAACAAGUUCAUCCAGAUGGUUCAAAUUAUAAUUGUAUUGCUGCGACUUAAUCUGUGCAUAAAUAAUAUUCAAUAGCUAAUCAUACACUUAUGUAAAAGUAAGUUACCUGCACCUUAAUCUUAAUGAUUAAUUAAACUUUGACAGCAAAUGAUUUACUAAGUUCUAGUAAAAAUGUUAAUUCUUUAUGUCUGUAUUAAGAUCAGUCUGCACUUUUCUAUAAUUUUCAUGUUGAAAAUUAAAUACAUUUUUUUUACAAUCUUAAAUCUUUGGUUAAUAAUGGAUCCCAAACCUUGAUCAGUGAAGGGAGACAUUAAAUAAGUACAUUUAGAAUAGGUUCAGUGUAAUUUCAACUCCACAAAUAUGAUCUUUAGGUCAAAGAGCCCCAGUUUUAUAGCUGUUUAAAUAUUUUUUUAAUGUAAAGUCACUGGUGCAGGCAGGAACUGAGAAAUAAAAUUAAAAAAUAAAUUCUAGUCUACACUUUUUUUAAUAAAUAAAAAAAAAAAAUUAAAAGUUAGCUUAAGAGUAACUUACUUUUUUUUUAAAUCGUAGAUAUGUAAUUUUGUAAAACAUAUAAAACAAUGUUGCUCACUAUUUAUGAGUGGCCAUUUUAAGUAUUUAUAUUCAGAACUCAAUGUAAAAUGUAUUUUUUUGUAAGUUGCUGACAGCAAUUUAUGGCAAACAAUCGAAUUAUUAAAAAAAAACUUUUAAAGGUUGCUUUCUUUUUUUGUUUCCAAAAAAAUCCUCAUAUUAGAUUUUAAUAUUAGAUUAAACCAAGAUUAUGACUUUGUGUGUUUUAUUGUUAGGGAUUACAGUCCUUUUGAGCUAAGCUUUCAUUGUUACAUUUUUUUUAUUUGACUAACUCAGAAUAAAAAAACUUGUUUUUUAUGUUAAGUUGUCAUUUCUGUGCUUUUUCACGGGAUAGUUAUACUUUUGUAAUUAUAAUCAAAGCAACAAAAUCACUUUGCAUACAUUUUUUUUCUUUCAUUUAUGUAUGCUUUUUUAAAAAUAAUGAUUACAAUUUUGACUGAAUAGAAAGGCUUUGUUACGUGCUUGUACGUAAGAAGAAAAACAAACUUAUUUUAAAAAAUUCAUGAAAAUUUGACUGUACAAGAGUACAUGAUCUUGGGAUUUUUGCAUUCUGACCAUUAAAAAAAAUUUCUUCAAAGAUAUACGUUUAAGGAUUAGGCCUUUUAUAAUUCAUCUGGGCUGCAUUGAAUCUUAUAUUUUGUCAUAAAGAUAAUUCAAGUAAAUGAUUAGCAUUUAAACCAUAUUUCUUGCUUCUCAGAAUAAUUUGAUUUAUUUAAAAAAAAUAAGUUUGUAUGUCAAGUUAUUUUUAAUAACAAAACAAUUGAUUCUAAAUAAAUGAUUAGAUCUAGUACAUAUAAAUAUUUAAUAUAUUUUUUUCUUCUCACAGAACUCACAUUAUUUAAAUUAUUUAUUGUUGUCUUAAGAUAUUUCAAAUGCAUAUUUUUUUAGAAAAAAGACAAGUGUAUGUUGUAAUGCACAUAUAUUUUGAUAAUUUAUGUUGUUUAUUUAUAAUUAAGUUUGUUUACAUAUUUUAAUGUAUUUUAUAUGUAGCUCCUCCUUAGCAUUGAAAACCUGCACAGAUUUGUGGCCUAUUGAUUAACAAUCCCUGCACAGUGUAUUGUUGAUAUUGAAAUGAGAGCACAUCAUUCUCUGUUCACCCCAUGCUUUUAAUUAAUAAUUGUAAGAAACUACUGAUUCAAAAUUAUCAUGAAAAGUUAAUUUGUCAAAACUUUGCAUAUUUCUUAUUCUAAUCAUGUUCAGGACUGGUCAUUCGAGCUGUCUGUUGGCGUGGGGACCAGCUUCUCAUUGGGACUCAAGAUGGGGAAAUAUUUGAAGUUCAGGUCAAGAUCAAAGAUAAACCCAAAUGUUUAGUUCAGGGUCAUGCUGAAGGAGAGCUGUGGGCUCUGGCCGUUCACCCAAAGAAACCCUUAUUUGUUACGGGCAGUGAUGACCAGACAAUUAGGUUAGUUGUUGAUUUUUUUUUAAAACCCAGUAAUUUGUUUAAUUUUUAAUAGUUUUGCCUCCAGAUCAGAUUAAGGACAAAGAGGAUAAACAAUUAAUUAAUCUCUGUUAAAAGUGAUCUAAUUCAUAAUUUUUUUAAGCUUUGAGAUCUAACACUAUAGCUUCAACUUGGAUAUUUCUGUUGUUACAUUGUUAUGUUCCAUCUCAAAUUUAAAUUGUUUAACUCUCUUUCAAUUUUGGACAUGUGAGCAUUAUCAGAAUGAAGAGGUAUGGGAAGUGAUGCCACAGUUCCACCCACAUUUAAUGAUGUUAAAUUUUUCCAUUCCUAAGGUAUAUUUUGAUGAGUUAGGGAAGGAAAAAAAAAUGUGGGAUGGGUGUUUCUACACACACAGUUAUUUUAAAAUUUGACUUGUUCAUUUCACAGGUUGUGGAACAUGUCAAACUUUGAGCUGCUAUCAAAAGGUUCACUUGAUCAAAAGAUCAGAGCUUGUGCAUUUGACCCAGAUGGCCAGCACAUAGCUGUUGGCUUGACAGACGGCUCAUUCACAGUACUUCGAGCGAGGUAAAUUUGUGUGUUUUUUGGUAAAAAUGAUGAUAAAUAAAAUGUUAACAUACAUUUGGAAAACUUUCAUUGUGGAUUUCAACCCAAUCUAAUUCUUUGUGGCAGAUCUUGCUGUUAAUUAAUAACUUAUGCGUUAAAUAAUUUUACUGCUGUAAUUUUAGGUGUUGAAAUUUUGACCUGGUUAAUUAGCAGAAUUGAAAAUAAAUUCAAACCAUAAGAAAGAUCUAAUCUCCUAAGGUGCUUAAAAUAAUGUCAAGAAAAUAAUACUUAAAUCGUUAAACCACAACAAUGUAUUGAAAUGUUUUUUUAACUAACUUAAGUUAAUUUUUUUUUAAAUUUCAUUUGUUAUAAUAUUUAUCAAAGCCUACUAAUUGCUCACUUACAUGUUAACAGAGAUCUCUCUGAGCUGAUUCACAUUAAGGACAGGAAGGAAGUCUGCCAUGAAGUGAAAUUCUCACCUUGCGGAAAAUAUCUAGCCAUUGGCUCUAAUGACAAUUUUGUGGAUGUUUAUGCUGUAGACCAGAGAUAUAAGAGACUGGGUACAUGUGGGGGCAGCACCAGCUUCAUCACUCACAUUGACUGGUCACAGGACAGCAAAUAUAUUCAAGUCAACAAUGGGAAGGGAGAGAGGCUUGUUUUCAAGUUACCAGGUGAGAGGUGCAAUAGUUUAGGUUUCCCAUGUCAACCCUGGGGCUAACUUCUCACUCAUGUUGUAUAAAUUACUAUUUGUCAUUGAAAAGGAUUUUAAUUUUCAGCUGCUCCAAAAAACCCUCAAAUAUCCUGGACAGACCCACCGGAAAACAUUUAAUGAAAGAUUAAUUUAUUCCGAGUAUGUAAAAAUAGCACCUUGUCAUAAGUUUAUUUGAGGUCUGUUUUAAAUGUGUUUUAACAAUCAUUCAUUCAGCUCUCAUGGGCCGACUUGUACAUGAGGCGCAGGUCAAAGACCUGCACCACUUUCGUCUAGUGGCUGCUUAUGUGGGAGCUGUCUUCAGGGUCAGGUUUCUGAUCUUGCCUGUCUUUCUCUGUUUUUCUGCUCCAGGUUUCUUUAUGUCUUCUGUUUCAUUUUUUCCUCCCCCCCUCCAUCUUAAUCCUGUCCUGAGAGAUGAGCUUCCUGGUAUCUCCAGUGACAAGUCACUGUUUCUGUCAUGGUUGGCAACUGUCCUGAGAGAUGAGUUUCCUGGUAUCUCCAGUGACAAGUCAAUGUUUCUGUCAUGCUUGGCAACUGUCCUGAGAGAUGAGUUUCCUGGUAUCUCCAGUUACAAGUCAAUGUUUCUGUCAUGCUUGGCAAAUGUCCUGAGAGAUGAGUUUCCUGGUAUCUCCAGUGACAAGUCAAUGUUUCUGUCAUGCUUGGCAACUGUCCUGAGAGAUGAGUUUCCUGGUAUCUCCAGUGACAAGUCAAUGUUUCUGUCAUGGUUGGCAACUGUCCUGAGAGAUGAGCUUCCCGGUAUCUCCAGUGACUAAGUCACUGUUUCUGUCAUGGUUGGCAACUGUCCUAAGAGAUGAGUUUCCUGGUAUCUCCAGUGACAAGUCAAUGUUUCUGUCAUGCUUGGCAACUGUCCUGAGAGAUGAGUUUCCUGGUAUCUCCAGUGACAAGUCAAUGUUUCUGUCAUGGUUGGCAACUGUCCUGAGAGAUGAGCUUCCCGGUAUCUUCAGUGACAAGUCAAUGUUUCUGUCAUGGUUGGCAACUGUCCUGAGAGAUGAGCUUCAUGGUAUCUCCAGUGACAAGUCAAUGUUUCUGUCAUGGUUGGCAACCCAUCCAGCAUCUCAACUCUUCAUGGGUGAUUUUUUCUUUUGACAGAAAAGUCAAUGGAUCGACCCUUAAGGAUUUAGAAAACCUUAAUCUUCCAUUCUGAUGUGCUAGUGAUCUUCCAUCACUCACAUUCAUGGAUGAGAAAACUCCACACAUUUCUUUAAAGAUUCUUAUAUGGUGGAUGCCCACAGCUUGAUCUCCGUUUGUUUGUCAGUAUUGUUGAUUUUUUAAAAUAUUAACAUCUUUACCUAUUAUAUUCUGAAGAAUUAUUUUGUAAUGUGUUAAUAAUAAAUUAUUACUUUUGUAUGGUUUAAAAAGUCCUUUGAACUCUGAGAACAAUGCUUUGCCAAGUUCUAGGAGUAAGUUGAGCAGUCUUUGGAUAAGUUUUGUUUGUUUUAAAUCUUGAAAUACAUUUUUUUUUUUCAAUCUGCAAUAUUAACAAACCCUUUGCGACAUAUUGAGACACAGUCAAAGCAGUACUAAUCACAUAUACUGGGUCCUAAAUGUUCAGCUUUUCAAUUAAAAAAAAACUCUCUCAAUGUAUCUUCAGCAUUUAAACAAACAACAAGUGAAGAGGAGUUAACAAGCAUCCAUUGGUUCACCUUCACUGGGGUCAUUGGUCCAGAGGUCAAUGGCAUUUGGGGUAAAUAUGGCGACACCAAUGAUGUCAAUGCAGCAGAUGCUAACUUCGAAGCUGGUGUGGUGGUCACUGGUGAUGAUUUUGGUCUGGUCAAAGUCUACAAAUUUCCCUCUCUUAAGAAAGGUGAGUCCACUUACCAGCGUUAAUGUUUGUCACUUGAAGAACAAGAUAUGAUUUUGUAAUAUCUCAAAUAAAUUAUCAAUUUCAUUCUAUGAAAAUAUUAAGAAAGAGUUAUAGGAGAGAUUGAAACAUAGAACAAAUUAAAAUAAAAGAAAUAAAAAAUGAAACUUAGUUUAAAAUAAGUUUGCCUCAAAAAGUGUUAAAAGGUGUUCUAUAUUCAAGCUUAUCUUGUUCUUAAUAUUUCUCUUGACACAACCUGAAGACUUCUCUGCAAUAAACAAACAGCUAGAAACAGACACAAAUCUAAAUCAUUCCAGGUUUUUUCCUUGCCAGGGGAGCAUUUUUUUAAGCAUUGGACUUUAACAUUUUGUCUUAUUUCUAUUCCAGGUGCUAAAUUCCGAAAAUAUGUUGGCCACAGUGCUCAUGUGACAAAUGUCAGAUUCUCCAACGACCGUCUUAAAGUGAUAUCAACAGGUGGCGGUGACCAUUCCAUUUUCCAGUGGAGAUUUCUGACCCAAGGAGAAGGGGAUGAUGACCUACCUGACAAUAAUAAUGGUAAUCUUAAAUUAUCCUUACAGAUGUAUGGCUGUCAUAGGCUUUAUAAGUUAAAUUAAAAUAUCAAAAAGUGUACACAAUAAAAUGACAAUUUCUAAAAAAAAUUUAGCAGACGAAGAUCUUAAAAUAAAUGUGGACUUGGUGAUGAAGUAUAACAGUUUGUUGGAGUUAAUAUUCAAUAAGAUCUCUGGCAUGAGGAUACAAAUAUUGAAUUAACUGCAUCAGUUAUUUUAAGUUGUCAUCUAUGUUAUAUGUGUUCUAUUUCUACAUCUGAUUCUUUUUUAAAUGUCUUGAAGUGAAGGCAUAUGUCCACUAACAAAAAUUUAUAUCACAGAAUGUGCAGAUUUGGUGGAACUUUACUUGAAUCUUGUUUUAAGUCCUGUGAUGAUUAUUUUGUUUGUUGGCAGCCUAUGUGGACUCUAACAGUGAGGACAGUGACUCAGACCUCUCGGAUGUAGGUUCAGUUGAUUCAGAUGUGGAGAGAGAGAAACAAGUGGGUUAUGACCGACCUGUGUAUAAGGAGGAUAUAUCAAACCAGAAAAAACUGUUGAGAGAGAGUCUGCCACCUGGCGCUAAAAGGAAGAAUGGUCCCACAGAAAGCCUCAAACUAGAUUAUGUACAUGGGUGAGUCUUCAAAUUUCUUUUUAUAAAUAACUUUAAUGAUGAUCUUAGUCUGGUGUAACAAAAUUUAUAAGGCAGAUAAGAAGACUGACCAAGUUAACAACUGAAAUUUUAAUGUUUAUCAAAUGUCUAUUUUUUGUCAAACUAUGAAAAGCUUAAUGCUUGCUACAAUGUAAAAUAUUUUUAAAAAAAUUAUUGUUUACAACUUUUCAGUUUUGUUAUGGAGAAAAAGUAAUUUUGUAAAUCUGAUGAAACAAUAAUCAUAGCAGCAUGUAUUUUUUACAUGUCCUUAUAAGACUUAUAUAAAGUAAUGUAUAUACUCAUGUAUAUGUUUAGAAAUUUCAGUUGUAAAAAGCUUUUUGAACAGCAGAGUCAACUUAUCCAUCUUUUCAGUACUAGAUUCGAUAGAAUUGAUUGUGGGGCAAUGUCGAGUUACCGGUAGUGCUAGUGUACUUACUGGUAGAUGUACAUUUUACCCUUGAAUCAUCCAUGAGUCAUAGCAUAUUUCAUAAUUGUUGGUCAAAAAACUGCCCUCGACUUAUAGACGAUCAACUUAUAGAUAGACAAGUAUAUAGGGUAUAACUUUUUAGAUGAUUAAAUCUUAAGUAAAAAAUUAUUUGAAAAUCAAUUUUUUUUUUAAAAUCACCUCCCAAUAAAUAGUAAAAAUGAAAAACAUUGCUUAUCUCUCUCCUUUAUUUAGAUUUUUAAAAAUGUUAUUUAUUACGCUUUAACCAUCAAAUAAAUUUGUUACCUUCUUAGCUAUCGGGGCUAUGACUGUCGCAACAACCUGUUUUAUACCCAAGCUGGGGAGGUGGUUUACCACGUGGCAGCAACAGGCAUUGUAUACAACAAGGAGACAAACAAACAGAGAUUCUACACUGAGCACACUGAUGAUAUUUUGUGUCUGUGCAUCCAUCCACUCAAGGACAUUGUAGCUACUGGCCAGGUAAGCUGUUUUAGUGAUGCCGCUUGGGGUUUGGAUGUUAUAUCUUGUUUGAAUUUUUAGAUUUUCUGUUAUGAUUCUGCUUUUUAAUUUAUCAUUUGAAAUGUCAUCAAUCAAUGUAUAUAAAUUAUUUCUGGUAGGUGGGUAGAGAUCCCAGCAUCCACAUCUGGGACACAGACAGUCUCAAGACAGGCUCCAUUCUUAAAGGACAACAUCAGAGAGGAGUUUGUGCCCUUGAUUUUUCAGGUAACUGUAGUCAUUUUUUUUUUUUAAUUGAAAAGGAAAACAAAUCGGUGCAGAAUUAAUUUACACAAACUCUUACAUAAAGAAAUAAAUACCAAAUUUUUUUUUUAAAAUGUAUUGUAGAACAAAAAACAAACCCUUAAUUUAAAAGAUAAGAAAUGGAGUUUGUAUUAAUGAUGUAUCUGUUACAGUGGAUGGAAAAAAGUUGGCAUCGGUUGGACUGGAUGAUAACCACACGAUUGUUGUCUGGGACUGGAAGAAAGGGGAAAAACUUGGAACUACCAGGUCAAUACAAUAGACUCAAACACAUAUUGCUCAAUUACUACCACUACUAGUAAUACUGCAUGAUAAAAUAUGUUGCAAUAUUACUGCUAGUGUGAUACAGUAGCGUAAAAUAUAUACUGUUACAUUACUUUCAUUCAUACCAGUGCAUGUUGUGAUAGAGUAUUUACUUUAUAAAUUACUGUUAUGACUCACUUAGUCCGAUCAGAUUAUAUAUUUUUUUCUCCUAUUACUAUUAGCAAUUUUGUUGUGUUGAAAAAUUUAGUCAGUUGCUAACUUUUAAGUUUAAUCUUUCUCAUGAAAUGAUAUGUCAUAAAGAAAUCUUAUAGUGAUAAAUUAUUAUUACGGUCAUGAUACAUAACUAUCUUUAAAAGUUUGAGAUAAGAUCUUUUUUUUUUAGAUAUCAAUUCACAUGAAAUAUAAUUGUUUGGAAUACUAUCUGGUUAUUGUAAGGGGAAAUUUUAAAAAAAAAUAUAAUGCCUCUUGAUGACAUCUUUAUCUGGUAUUAAAAUAAAAAUUAAAUGUCUAUUUCUUUUGCAGAGGUCACAAAGACAAAAUAUUUGUUAUAAAAUGGAAUCCAUUUGACCACAACAAACUAGUGACUGUUGGAGCCAAGCAUAUCAAAUUUUGGACACAAACAGGUUUUCUAUCUUAGAAGUGGGAUAAACUCAGUAGUUUUAUAUUAUCAAAGAUUUGGAAUGAACAAUUGUACAUGGCAGGAAUAGGGUAAAAGGGCAAAAUAUGAGAUGAAAACCUGCCAAAUAUUUAACUAGACUUAGUAAAAAUGGACAUAACAAAAUCCUCCAGUUAUACCAUUGACCCACCUUAUGUCACAAGUGUUAACCUUUGUUAUUUCUUGAUGUUGAUUAGUAAGUAACUGAAAAAUCUAAUAAUUAUGUUUUAACAUAUAAUACUUUUUUAACAGUUUUCCUCAAACUUAAAAGCAUUAAAGUAAGCAAUAAAUUUACUUUCUUCAGAUAUCUAUAUGUCUAAUUCGCCAGCAAAGGUCAAACACCAACAGGGUUCAAACACCACGCAGGCUAUUUAUAGAUACGCCAGAGUGUGGUUCAAUAAUGAGUUCACUAGCGCACAAAAUAUAAUUCCUGUAACUAAGCUAUAUACGAUCUAUAUAUUUUUUUAAUAACGCAAUUGCGUUUGGUGCGUAAUAUUUUCUUUUCGGAAAUGAAAUCGUCUCAAUUUAAGUAUUGUGUACAAAAUAUUCGGUUUAAAAGUGUUUGGGACAUGAGAAUAUUAAUAUAGUGAAAUAAAAAGUGUGCUGUGACGUAUUAUGGGGGAAAGGGUGUAGCAAAUAUUGGGAUUCUUAAAUGUUCGUUACUUGAGUUCAUGUUUUGUCAAGUAACUUCACUAGAUGGGAAGUUCAUGCCGCCAAUGUUUGGCGGGCUCUAUCAAGUAUAUUAUAUUAUCUGAAAAAGCACAAAUUAAAUGUUCUAUAAUUUGAUGAUCUCAUUUUAUUCCCCAGGUGGUGGAUUCACCUCAAACCGUGGGACCCUGGGCCAAGUUGCAAAAUUAUGUGACAUGAUGUGUAUUUCUUAUGGGAAGGCUGCUGAAACCUGCUUCUCUGGGGGAAGUGAUGGCCAGAUUUUCAUCUGGCAAGGUGUCACUCUACAAAAAACUGUCAAAGCUCAUGAAGGCCCGGUGUUUGCCAUGCAUUCCCUUGACAAGGUAACUCAAUUUCUUCCAAAAUUAUGCAAGGUUUUGCAAUUUCUUGUCAAAACUUUUAACUUCUUAAUUGCGAAUGCUUCUGUUGCCAUCUGUGAAAGAAAUAAAAAUUAAUGUGUUCUCCAGUCUGCAUGCUCCCCUGGCUUUUGCAAAAUCAAAUAAUCUAGGGAGUGAGGUUUUAUUGUAUAUGAUGGCUGGAUUUUGCAGUUGAAAAAUACAUUAUAUGUCUUGAGUUUAAAUUUUUAUAGUUUCAAAAUUAUUUAUUUAUUAUUUAUUCAUGUGCUGAAAAUGAAUAUAUACGAUGUAAUCAAAACACAUUUCCAUUUAUUUGGAUCUAUAAAAGAAUCUUACCUCAUUAGUUUAAGUUUAUCUACAAAGUAAAAAAACCUUCACAAGAAAUCAUAUAUAGCUAUAUAUAUUCACAGACUUGAGAUCAGAAUUGUAAAAAAAAUUCUUUCUAACUGGGGUCUGUGAUGUUUCAUACAAGAAAGUCAUUUAAUUAAAUAAAUGAUUGGAUGAGGAUGUCACUGCUGGUCCUAUACUGAAUGAAUCUUUCCAUCCUAAAACAAGUGCAUUCAAACACUGACAAUUUUUUGGGGGGCGCCAUUGUUAGUUAUGUUAAAUUGGUUGAUCAACAUCUUAUUUAUUUAAUUAUUUCCAUAACACAGCUCAUUUGGUGGCGUGUGAUAAUAUUAAAUGUUGACUUAGUGGAUUUCCUAAUCCUGGCUAGGUUAAAAUUUUAAUGUUAUCAUUCCUCAUAAAGAUAUGCAGCAGAAUUGAGAAGGUUCAAGAAAAUAAAUUUAUUGCAUAAAUUAAAACAGUGACAUUUCAAACUAUUUGAUUUAAAACAUGUGUCAAACAAUUUGGACCUAUUCACAAAGUGCUUAAAUAGUUCAGUCAUUACUGCCUCUGAUAAAAUUUAAUGUAAAUGUUUACCAAAUCUCUUUAAAGAAUUGAUCUGAGUCUUGACAAUGAUAAAAAAUUGAUAUCAGUGAAAUGAAGAGUUCCCCAAGAUGGAAAUUAGAGCUUAAUUCACUUAAAAUGUUUUUAUUUUUAUUUACUCUAUUAAUCUAGGGAUUUGUGACUGGGGGUAAAGAUGGCAUUGUGGGACUGUGGGAUGAUCAGUUUGAGCGAUGUUUAAAAACCUAUGCCAUCAAGAGAGCAGCCUUGACCCCUGGCUCCAGUGGCAUGCUGGUCCAGGAGUCACCUGCUGUGCGUGCCAUCGUGCUGGGUCACGGGAAAAUUUUGGUAGGGACGAGAAAUGCAGAAAUUCUGGAGAUAGACAAAGCUGGACCAAUGACACUGUUAACUCAGGUUUGAUCCUUUCAUGCAUCUUACUUUAGUAGUCAACUCUUUGCUCUAUGCAUCUUACUUUAGUAGUCAACUCUUUGCUCUAUGCAUCUUACUUUAGAAGUCAACUCUUUGCUCUAUGCAUCUUACUUUAGUAGUCAACUCUUUGAUCUAUGCAUCUUACUUUAGUAGUCAACUCUUUGCUCUAUGCAUCUUACUUUAGUAAUCAACUCUUUGCUCUAUGCAUCUUACUUUAGAAGUCAACUCUUUGCUCUAUGCAUCUUACUUUAGUAGUCAACUCUUUGAUCUAUGCAUCUUACUUUAGUAGUCAACUCUUUGCUCUAUGCAUCUUACUUUAGUAGUCAACCUUAUGCAUCUUACUUUGGUAGUUAACCCUUUGCUGGAUGCAUCUUACUUUAGUAGUAAACCCUUUGCUCUAUGCAUCUUACUUUAGUAGUCAACCCUUUGCUCUAUACAUCUUACUUUAGUAGUUAACCCUUUGCUCUAUGCAUCUUACUUUAGUAGUUAACCCUUUGCUCUAUGCAUCUUUCUUUAGUAGUCAACUCUUUUCUCUAUGUCAUAGUGGCUCUGGGUAUAGGAGUUAACGCCUGUUUUUUUUCUCUUGAAUUGGAGAUGUACAAAAUCACAUUCAAGUAAUGGUCACAAUACUUGGUCCUUUUGAUCUUGUGCCAUCUCUUAGCGGAAAGUUUCAAUGAAUUGAAUGACAACACCUAACUGGUUUUUUUACACAAACCUUCUGUAAAUGAGAGGCAACAUUGCCACCGACGUAAAAGAUAAUGGCUUAUUAUUGAUUUGGUGUCUCCACUAUAGAUGGUAAGAAAUCGUUUCUGUGAUUAAAAUAUUCUAAUAGCAUAAAAUAAUUCUAUAACUCUGAAUUCCCUUGUCAGGGUCACAUGGAAGGGGAAAUCUGGGGGUUGGCCAUGCAUCCCAGCAAACAAUUGUUUGCUACAGUCAGUGAUGACAAGACCUUACGGCUGUGGGACUUCAGCCAGGGGAACAGGAUGGUCAAUUUCAAAGAGCUGAAACAAGCUGCUCGCUGUGUGGCCUUCUCACCAGACGGAAGGGCCCUGGCCGUUGGACAGAAAGAUGGUAACUUUAUGUUAUUUUAAUUUUUAUGAUAUACAUUUUUUUAUAAGACCUGCAAAGUUUUAUUUUUGUCUAAGCCUACUCUGCAUAGCUAACUAUGAUUUAGCUUUUUUUUGUGCAGUAAAAAUUGGAAAAUUAGUUAUCAUUCCAACAUGGAAAUUUGAUCAAUGUUAAUUAUAUUGUGCAAUAAGCAAACAAGUUUUUGUUUUGUAUUUUUUCUUUGAAACCAAGAGUUCAUUUUCUAGUGCAGGAAUCAAGCAUAGCGUUAUAACAAAUGAACAGAUAUUUAAAAAUGUUGUCUUCUUUAUUCCUUUUUAAACUAAUGAAAUUCUUGAAUAAAUGGAAUAAUCAAAAAUAAUAUAUUCCAGAGAAAUGUCAUAUCACAAGCCCAAGAUGUGAGCCAUAAAUACAAUUUAUCACGAAACCCCAAUAGUUGUUGAAAUAUCUAGCUUUACAGUUGUCUUGAUGCUAUUUCAGAUCUAGUUUUUGUGUUCAUCAAUAUUUAUUGAUUCUAUUCCAGGUAGUUUUGAGGUCAUUAAUAUGUAUUGAUUCUAUUCCAGGUAGACUAGUUUUGUGGUCAUUAUAUGUAUUGAUUCUAUUCCAGGUAGUUUUGAGGUGAUUAAUAUGUAUGGAUUCUAUUCCAGGUAGUUUUGAGGUCAUUAAUAUGGAUUGAUUCUAUUCCAGGUAGUUUUUAGGUCAUUAAUAUGUAUUGAUUCUAUUCCAGGUAGUUUUGACAUUAUUAUUAUGUAUUGAUUCUAUUCCAGGUAGACUAGUUUUGUGGUCUUUAUAUGAAUUGAUUCUAUUCCAGGUAGUUUUUUGGUCAUCAAUGCUGAAACAAUGGAAGAGAUGAUCACACAGCAUCACAGAAAGGAAGAAAUAUGCGACAUCCGUUUCUCCCCAGGUUGGAAAGUCUUUCAUGUUUUUCAAUUUUCAUGAAAACAAAAGCUUGUUAGAUUACACCUAUUUUGAAAAGGUCAAAUGUAAGAAGAGGUUCUCAGGAAAUUUAAUAUUUUUAAAACUUUCACACCCCCCCCCCCAAAUGCAUAUAUUGUAAGAAUGUAUGUUCUUUACAUCCAAGCUCAUGCUGGUAGACAUACAUAAAAAAUUAUGCAAGACAAUCUGUGACUCAUAGUAGAUCAUAUUUUUUUCAAUUUUCAGAAAAAAAAAAGCUUGUUAGAUUACACCUAUUUUGAAAAGGUCAAAUGUAAGAAGAGGUUCUCAGGAAAUUUAAUUUUUUUAAAACUUUCACCCCCCCCCCCCCCAAAUGCAUAUAUUGUAAGAAUGUAUGUUCUUUACAUCCAAGCUCAUGCUGGUAGACAUACAUAAAAAAUUAUGCAAGACAAUCUGUGACUCAUAGUAGAUCAUGAGGCCUGGUUGUCUUAACAAUGGUCUGCUUGAAACUCUCCCCCUUCAAAUCUCCAAUCUAGCAUUGAUUCAUAAAGCAGCUUACUAUUAUCUGGGAAAUACCAGAAAAUGCAUUAUUUCACAAUCAUGUUAUACAGUAAAUAAACAUUUUUAAAAUUAAAUGCACCUUUCAUUUUUUUAAAAAUUGUUUUGUAUGGUUGUGUUUUUUUAUAACUAGCAACAAGUACUAUUACUCCAUAGAAGUUUGUUCAGUUAUACCUUCUUGUUUGAUCAGAUCCCGGAAAGUACCUUGCAGUUGCCUCCCAUGACAACUUUGUAGACAUUUACAGUGUUUUAAAAACAACAAGAGUUGGGACUUGCAAGGGAGCGUCAAGUUAUAUCACCCACAUUGACUGGGAUCUUAGAGGUUAGAGAGUAGUCCAUUUAUGAUCAUAUAGCUUACCACAAAAUAAGUGGACUAUUUGAAUUUCUGACAUUGUGGGACACCAGCACACAUUCCCAAAAUUUACUGGCAUAGCAUGAUAGUUCCACUACCAUAAUCUAUGUAACAACAUAAGUGAUACAUAUUUUUGCACCUCAACUCUGAGAUGUUUUGCAGUCUACCCUGAAGUAAUCACAUAAUUUUGAAAGCAAUCACAUUGCAGUAACACAACAUUGGUUGUGUAGAAACCAAUGCUUAAUAAAUUUCCAUUGCUACAGGGAAAGUGUUGAUGGUGAAUACAGGAGCCAAGGAACAACUGUUUUUUGAGGCACCAAGAGGCAAGAGGAUAACUCUUCGCAAUGCAGAGAUUGAAAAGUUCGGCUGGGCCAGCUGGACCUGUGUCUUGGGGACAACCUGUGAAGGCAUCUGGCCACCCAAAUGUGAUGUCACCGACGUCAAUGCUGCCUCACUUGGAGGUGGCAGACUCCUGGCCACAGCUGAUGACUUUGGUUUUGUCAAGUUGUUUGACUAUCCAGUCACGGUGAGGAAGAUUUCUCCUUCAUAUGUCUAAUGGUGGGCAAUAGUCCCAUUUGUUGCUUAUUCUUUUUAGAAGAGUUAAUUUGUUGAGUUUUCUUAUAAAUGUCCCAUUGCCUUUUGAUUUCUAUGUCACACAUCAUAUUUUGAAAGUUAAAGUAAAGAGAUGUUACUCAAGCUACUCAUCUAUUAUUAGUAUUAUUUAUUGGUGAAAAAAAAUUAUAUGUUUUCCAUUAUGAAAAAUAUCAAAUUCACAAUCAGUGGAAUUCAGACAAAAAUAUAACAGUGGGGCAUAAUAGGCUUACUAACAUAAAUUACGGUACAUAAAUAUCUUGCUCGCUCUGUUUGUACAAUUGUUUGUUAGAUAUAAAAGUAAUGCAGUUGGGUUCCAAUCUAUUGUGGUGUAAGCAAAAAGUUUACAUGAUAGAAUUGAUGUGCAAAAACCAAUUUCCCAAAAAUAAUUUAUGCCAAAAAUAAGUCCAGAAAUAAUUUCCAGAAAGUCUGUUACCAUAUGUCUAGGUCCAAAAAUUAGAUGUAAACAAAUUUAUUUUGUUCAGGGCAAGUUUGCAAAAUUCAAGAAGUAUUCAGGCCACAGCGCCCAUGUGACCAACAUACGAUGGUCAUAUGACAACCAAAAGUUGGUGUCUGUAGGUGGAGCGGACACUUCCAUCAUGAUAUGGAGGCGGGAAGGGAACCAGAACGAUAAAGGACAAAGUGAUGACUCGGAUACAGAUGAUGAAGAAGAAGGUGUUUAUAUAUCAUAUGUACUGCCUCACAUUAAAAACAUUGUUUUAUUGUAUAAUGUUUCAAAAUAUAUUUUUUUAAAUGAAAUUCUGUUACCUUUGUAAAUAAUGCAGGGCAAUAUAUGACACCUGUUCUUAGUAAUGAUGUAUUCUAUCCUCUUCUUUUUUUAAUGAUAAGGCUUAUACAAUAACAUCUGUUUGUAUUCAUGAUGUAAGCGGUCAUCAAAUGAUAUAAAAAGGAAUAGUCUGAGAUAUGUUUACUUGACAUAGACAAAUUCUGUGACAUCUUUUUUAAAAAUUAUAUGAAGUUCUGAUAUUUGUACCAUGUGACUUCAGUGCUCUGUUUCCCUGUGGCAGGCUAUGACAGUGAUGUAGAGAGAGAGAAAAAAUUGGACUACACAACAAAGAUUUACAUCAACCCUGUUAGAGAAAAAGAUGGAGUCAAGCCCACUAUGCAGGAAGGAAAGGAAGAAAUAAAGUACUUCGGAUUAUUUUGCUAUUAUUUUCCCCAUUUUGCUAUCGAUGGCAUUUUACUAUUUAAUUGAAUUGUGGCUUCACAUUUGUUUCAUUUUUAAAGACUUUAUUUCUACUUGCAAAUGCAUGGGGCAUGCAGCAUAAUUUUAUGUUGUGACACAUGACCCUCUUGCUCAGUUGAUGUGGUUGAUUGCAUCUGCUCCGUUCAGUGAAUGGUGGGAGAAGGGUGGGCAGGGGAGCUCAGAUGAGAGCUGUUGAAUUUUGGGGAAGGGUUAGGGACAGUUCAUAUGUGGCAAUAAAAUUUGGCACAACAGACGGCUUGCAACCAGCAUUGUGAAAAACUGAAGCCAUUUAAAUCUACUUUUUAGUUUCAUGCUUAGGUAAAGAGUAAAACAGAAGUUUUUAAGCAUUCUUUGUUUAAAAAAGUUAAUAACUCUACUUUUGCCUGUAAUUUAAAGACUACAAUUUUAAAACUAAAAAGUAGAAAAUAUUAAAAAAUAUUUUUUUUAACUUUUGAAAAAAAGACAUUCUGUCAAAGACAAGUUUAAAAGUAUUAAAUAGAAAACAUUUUUUUUAAAAAAUAAACAUAAACAAAUUAAGUUUCAUCUAUACAUUCAAUUAAAUUUCUUUGGCUAUAUAAAAUGCUCAUCUACACUUCUGCAAAAUCUUUCUUUGCCUAAUGCAUUUUAAGAAAUUAAAAUUAUUUUCUACUUUUUAGUUUAAUUGCGUUUAAUUGGUAUUUUAAAAAAAAUACAAUUAAAGAGAUACUCUUCUUGUUUUUUUUAAAAUCACAAGUAAACCAAAAAGAUUUCAUAUUUGUCUGGCUUAGACCCUCUGUGAGUCGCAGUGCCCCGGAGCCUCCCAAAGUUCAGCGUCCUGAUCCCCCAACUACAGCUGGUGGUAAAAAGAGGAAAAUUACGCAAGUCACAGUAAGUAUUCCUUGAGCAGUAUCCAAAACUCUGACUCCAAAUCCUAUUCUAUUCACCAAAUAUUUCCUAGAUAUCACAGUUGAGUAAGAAACUAUAAAGUACUAAUACCCUAAAGUUAAGCACACGCUAUGCACCACAUGUAUCGUUAAUAUUAUAAAUAAUUUUUUUUAAAGUUUCAGUAAUUAUAUUCAUGAAUCUUUGUCUUUAAGAUGUCAAAGUUCAAAGUUAUUAAAUAACUGAAGCACGCAAGCAUUAUUUACUAAAGGCACAUUUCUGAGUAAUCUUUCUAUUCCUAGCUGUGCUCAUUUUAUUUUUUUUUCCUGAGUUGUCAAUCCAUGUAACAAAUUUGAUGUGAUUCAGACUCGUUAUAUUCUGAUUGCUACAAUUUUGUUUUAAAUGUAUAAAAUAAUAAAGUCCAUGAUUUCAGGAUCUCCAGUUGGAAUUCAUCCAUGGCUACAGAGGGUUUGAUUCCAGAAGUAACCUUUUCUAUGUCAAUGAUGGAGCAGACAUUGUAUUCCAUGCAGCUGGGGCAGGGAUAGUGCAGAAUCUGUCUACUAGUAAGUUGAAUCAAUACAUCAUCAUCUUGUGACACUGAUAUAAAUUAACUACUGUAAAAUAUAUGGAAAUUUGGUAGAAAAUAACCCAUGUUUUUCAUGUGGCACAAGCAGUUAGUAUAUGUUUUAAAGAAUGUAGUAUAUAUUUUAAAGAAUGUAACCAAAUUGCUCAGCCAUUUUCUUUUUCUAGAUGAGAUAACUGUUUUAAACAUACUGUUCUUAUAAUUAUAAAUUUUAUACUGCCUAGAGAUUUUUUUAAACAUAAUAACAAAUAUAUUCUCUCUGAAUCAGGGCUCUUUUUUUCGUAGAACACACCAAAAUGGUGCAACAGCACCUUUUUUCGAUGUACCUUUCCAAGUAACUUUUGAAAAUUGUAUAUUUGGUCCACUUGCACAUGAACUACUCUGUUGAGGUUAGGAGGUUCGGGGAAAAUCUUAAAAACUACUAUGCAUGGUGGCUAUUUGUGUGUCAAAUUUGAUGCAUACAAUCUUCUUUCAUGCUGGUUGUCAUGGCACUGCUCAGCUUGUCAUUGGUCAUGAUGUUGUAUGCUGUGUGCUUACUACGGGUGGCGACCAUCAUGUUUUGUUACACAACUGAUAUUAAUAUUAGAUUUUAUAAUUAACCUCAAAUUCCCUUAUGUCACCAUGUUCCAAUAUUUCUACUAUCCUGUACUUUCAGGUACCCAAAGUUUUUACCUGAAGCACACUGAUGAUAUUAUCUGUCUUGACAUCAACCAACAUCCCAAGUUCAAGAAUAUUGUUGCCACUGGUCAGAUUGGUACAAACCCAACAGUCCACGUUUGGGACUCUGUGACUAAAGAGACACUCUCCAUUAUCCAGGGAGGUCACUCUAAAGGAAUAUGUUCAAUAGAUUUUUCCUGCACUGGAAAAAAUCUAGUCACUGUUGGACUUGAGGAUGAACACAAUAUCACAGUGUGGCGGUGGCAGGAUGGUAAGUUGUAAGAUUUCAGUUUUACACUCACUUAUACUUUCAGAAUAUAAAACAGUAAAUUUAGGCUAUCCAUACAACUCAUUUACCUAUGUUUUUGCACCACAUUUUUUACGCUGCCACCAUCUUUGUUGCCAUGAUGGCAGAUGUUUCAUGGCAAAAAAUAUGGCAGCCAUGCCAAAAAAAGUGUUAAAACAAGUUUGGUCAAAUGGUGAGGGGAAAGGGAGAGAAUGUGUUUUAGCUACUUAGCAAGACAAACGAAAAUAAUGAGAAUGUUGUUUUUUUAAAAGGUAGACAUAAUAAAAGAUGCUUUUUGAAACUUGCUUUGCAUAAAAUUAAUAAUAUUAAAGAACAUUUAAUUAAAAAUUCAAAAUUUAAAAAAUUUAACAUAAAAAAACAGUUAAAGAUUAACAAAAGAAAAUGCAAAUUUAUUUCAGUAAUUUUUUUUAGAAAAACUUCAAACCUAAAAUCUACAUUUCUCCCUAACCUGAAUGCUAUAUUCCUCAAGCACACAAAUCAGUAUCCAUAACUUAGCAUAAAUCUUCGAACCUAAAAUCUAUGACCAUAUGUAAAAUCUAAAACCAUGUGUUAGUGUGCUACGGUUACAUACUGUAAUGAAAAAAUCAUAAAGUUGAAUAAAAAGAUUUAAAUUAAUUGUACAAUAUUCAAAAUAAUGAAAACCCACUUAUAGUUUCAUCAAAUACACUUUACACACUUUAUUACAGGUUCCUCUGAAAAUAAAAUCCAAAAAGUUUUUAGAAAAAAUAAAAAUCAAUUGUCACACCAGUAAAAUAGCCUGGUUUGGAUAUAUUAUAAUUAAUCAUGCUAUGAAAUAUUAAUUUAAAAACGCCACUUAUCAAAAACAUUCCAUCGGCAAAUUAAUAUAGAAAAAGAGAAUAGAUCACUCAAGUAACAAUCUGCAACUAAACAAAGGGAGUUGACUCAUCUACAGAAACUCAGUGCGGUGCGGAUAAUUUAUCUGAAAUUGCUUUAUAGAACUUAAUACCUUUUUCUUAAAUAUUCACUUACGUUGUAUCUUUGGUGCUAUUCAGUAGUUAUGUUUAAGAUAAUUAUAAAUUCCACCUGCUGUCUGAAAUUCAGGUACUUAUUUAAACAGUUUAUGCACCAUUAUCAUGAAACAUUUCUAGUGACUAUCUGUUUAUCAAAUGUCAAAUCUUAAUACUGUAACAAAAGUAAUAUUUAAGGAUUUUUGUUGUAAAGAUAUCAUUUUAGGCUGGUUUUUUUUUCUUUUUAAAUGUUUUUUACCACAUAACUCAUCCAUCUGAUUUGACUAUUCAUAGGUGGCAAGAUUGCAUCAGCUCCUGGUCACUCACAGAGAAUCUUCCGUGCCGAAUUCCGUCCUGACUCUGAUACGCAGCUGGUUAGUGUGGGGGUAAAACAUGUCAAGUUUUGGUCAGUGGCAGGUGGAGAACUUGUAGGCAAGCGGGGCAUUCUGGCAAGCACUGAAACAGUUGGUCAGCCUAAGCUGCAGACCAUGUUGUCGUUGGCUUUUGGAGCGGUGAGUCAUAAAUGUUUACAUUCUUGAAACAGUCCAUUGAUGUUAAUACUCAUUUCUCAUUAUAGUUCUCUAGUCUUAUAAUUGUUUAUAUUCUUCUUUUUUUCUUAGAACUUAUUCAAUUGAACAGUUAAAAAGUUUUUUGAAAGUUUAAAACAUAUCCCGACAAUAAAGAGGUUUAAUUCUCUAGGACAGGCCUGCACAACUCGAAAUGUAAGGCGGGCCGUAAUACUUUAUAAAAAACUUGUGCGGGCAAAAGAAAAUAGGACAGGACAUGUGCGGGCCAAAAGAAAAUAGGACAGGGGCAAAGCUAUUAAGAAAAUAAUAAGUAUAAAGAUUAUUUCAUUACUUCACGGGCCACAAAGUUGGUACUGGCGGGCCGUAUGUUGUGCAGGCCUGCUCUAGGAACUUUUAUCAUUCAAAAUGUUAAAACAUUCCUAUCAUAUAUUAUAAUUGUAUAGUUUAAUUCAAAAAUUCAUCAGAUUGAUGUAAAUUUAACACUUUUGUACAAAAUUAUAUAUGUUAUUUGUAUGGUAAGUUGAUAUCCUUUAUGAACCAAGCCUGACUGAAGUUUUAUUUACGGCUUCUGAAACUAGUAGGUCAGCUAUGUAAGUUAUGCCUGCGAUAUACAUACAUUUCAGAGGAAAUAAUCAUGAUUAGGAGGGGAAAAAAUUCUUGUGAGGCUUUCUCAAAGCCAGAGUAUUUUACAAUUAUUGUUUUUACUAAGCCUGUAAGGAUCACUGUUUUGUUUACAUAGUUUGAAUUUGUUGACGACUGUGAAUGUGUAUAAUAAAAACAACAUACAGGCAUGUUUGCUUGUUACAAAAAAAAAUGUGGGAAAAAAAAACAGUGCUUGUGUCCUCAAAACCAUUUUCACAAUUAAAUUUUGCCAUCCACUCCUAACAGAUACUGCCAGAAAUAGUGUUUGGAUUCUUCCUCAGUGAAUAACUUUAGUAGCUUAUUAAAUAACCCCCCCCCCCAAACCCCAAUAGCUGAUAAUGCUGUGUUUCUCUCCAGAACAAUGUGACUUACACAGGUGCCUUGAGUGGAGAUGUCUAUGUGUGGCAGGAGGCAACUCUGACACGUGUGGUACAAAAAGCCCAUACUGGACCUGUCUUCACCAUGUUCACAACCUUGCGGGAUGGCCUCAUUGUUACAGGGGGCAAAGAGAUGCCGUAAGCCAACAACUUUUUAUUUACUAGCAUUUUUCAAAGAAUAACUCGAUGCAGGCCUACUUGGACAUUACACGCUCUCUAAAUUUAGUUAAUUGAAAUACCUUUUUAUAUGAUUAAUUUAACAUUUUUAAAAAAAUGCAAAUCCUACUUUCAAUGAAAAUAUUAAGAAAUGUUCUCAAGAUGAGAUGUUUCUACUUGAAACAGAGCCAAAGACAAUGGUCCCGUGAAGCUGUGGGACCAAGAAAUGAAGAGAUGCAAGGCCUUCCCCCUGAAGGAGACAGGCACCAAAGCAGAUGUUGUCAAGUCUGUGUGUAGAGCCAAGGUACAUCCUUGCACUCAGAGCUAGAUAUAUAUUGCAAUGUGGGAAUGUUAGAUGUAAUAAGAUAUCUAGAUUUUUUGUAGUUACUCAUUGUUUUAAAUUCAUUUUAAUAUGGCAGAAAUGUUAAAUUACUGUGAUCUAAUGGAGUAUGAUAUAUUCCUUAGUUCCUGUAUAUAUUUUCCCAGGGCAAAAUUCUGGUGGGCACCAUUGACAACUGUGUGCUGGAGAUUUCAGAGAAAACUGGCACUGUGCAUAUCACCAUAGCAGGACAUGGAGAGGGUGAGGUAUGGGGGCUAGACUGUCACCCAACGACCUCAAAGUUUUUAACAGCAAGUUAUGAUGGCACUGUGCGACUAUGGGACAUCACAACAAAGGUGAUAAUUUUAUAUACAAUUAAACAAAACAUAAGCCAGUAUAAUUUAAUAAAUAUUUCUUUACAUAUUACACAACUACGCAUUACAGAAGGUAUGAACGAUUAAGUUUCUUUUCCGCCAAAAAUUAGGUAGCAAUAUAAUAAGGAAAAUAAAAAGCAACUGAAAUUUACUUGAGCUGGGUUCAUCAGAACAGUGCUACUUAAUAAAAUAGGCUUUCAAUUUAUUUAUUUUUAAAAAUUUUAUUUAUAUCAAAGAGAUUUUAAAUGUUAUUGCAAUCAGCCUAUCAAACUAUAUAAUUUAUUUGGGAUAUCAAGCAGCAACAGAAAUCUUAUCAGAUUUACAAAUAAAAAUUAAAAACAGCUAUUGGUCAGAGUAAUAACUUCAAUAUACUUUAGUCUCUGGUGGCCAAGCUAGAUGUGACAGCCGCAAGGUCUGUGGCCUUCAGCCCUGAUGGUGAGUUAAUAGCCGUUGGCCUGAAAACUGGAGAGUUCCUCAUCCUUUCAACCACUGGUUUGAAGUUGUGGGGAAGAAAGCGAGAUAGAGCUGGUGCCAUCAAUGACAUCAGGUUUGGGAUUUAGAUAGUAACAAUCAUAUAAAUAUUUUUUUAGAUUAGCCACCUUAUUUUUUAGACAUAUUUUCAAAUAAAAAGAAAUCAUUCUUUCUAACAUAAUGAUUUGCUAUGGCAUAAUUAUUUUUGUUCUCUUGAUUGAUUAAAGCAAAAUGUAAAAAACUUCCUUAAGUUAAUUGAAAUCCUCAUUUAAAAUUUCAUCAGAUAAUGUAAUUUCUUAAAUGCAGGUUUAGCCCUAACUCCAAAUUCCUGGCAGUUGGUUCAGAUGACAGCUGUGUGGAUUUCUAUGAUCUUACUCAAGGCCAGACACUUAAUCGUGCAGGUUUUUGUACCAAGAUUACAAGCUUUAUUGUGAACAUGGACUUUUCAGCUGACAGUAAUUACAUAAGGGUGAGUAUAGUAGGUUGUUUUUUUAAUAAUUAUAUUGGAAGCAUUGAUGAAUAAUUAUACAAAACAAAUUGUCUGUUACAUUAGAACUUUCACUUCUCCUCACCCUCUGACUGCAGGUGUGUACUGGAGCUUAUGUCAACUAUGUGUACAAUGUGCCUGGUGGCAGUUUGGUGGAGGAUGAAACUGUCACUGAAAAGAUUACAUGGGCCAGCUGGACGAGGUAUUUAGCCACGUGUGCACCUUACAAUUCUAUUCAUAAUUAUCAGAAAUAAAAUAUUUAUUUUCCAAAUAUGAUGUUUCAGUAUGGACAAAAUGACAGCAAAUAUCACAGGCGAUACUGUGCAAUUUUUAUUUUAUGAAUCAUUUUUGGUCUCUUUCUGACUACUUUUUAAAUUCCUCUUUUGUUAAUUAUGUUGUUAAAAAUGUACUAUUAUCUGACAUCUAUAUUAACUUAUAGUCUCUAGGUUUCUUGAAAGUAUAAAAUAGAUUACAAAGAUAUACUUAACCAUUUAUCAACCAUUCUUUUACCAGCAUUGUUGGACGGGAUGUACUGGGUAUUUGGCCUCAGAAUUCUCAGAAAGCUGACAUUAACUGUGCUCACCUCUCCCACCUAGGCAAUGCCCUGGCCACUGGGGAUGAUUUUGGACUGGUCAAACUGUUCAACUUUCCAUGUCCUAAUAAAUUCGUAAGUAGAAAUAAUUCCUAUUUUAUGCAAUGUGCUAUCUGCUUUUUGUUACACAAUUUUUUUUUAAAAACAUGUUGAAAUUUAAUUUUCAUUGUUUGAAAUUUGAUAAAUCAAUUGUCAUUGCAGGCAGAGUUCAAGAAAUUCGCUGGUCAUUCAGCUCAUGUGACCAAUGUUCGCUUCAUGUUUGAUGACAGAUAUCUUGUUAGCACAGGAGGAGAUGAUUGUUGGUAUGUUAUGUUUAUUAGGAUUAUUUUAAAUGAGCUUGGCCCAUCCAUGAUUAGAGAAAUGUAUCAACAAACAUUUUUCAAAAGGCAUACAAAUGUAUAUUUCAUUUAAAUCUUAACCUCUGGAGUCACCAUUCAGUUUUGUUCAAAUAACAUCUGGUUGGGAGUUAUGUAUUUAAAUUAUCAUACAUUUGUGCAUAAAGUACAUCAUUUAGAAAAUUAAGAUUUGAAAAUAGACAUUUUUAAAAAGCCAUUUCAGGGCAUUUUUUAAAAUGUUUUUAAACAAUUUUUAUGGCUGCAAAUUCAUUAGACACCAGUUUUCAAAGUCUUUUAUUUGCACUGUUGAGAUUUCAGUUAUUUUCUUUUGGUUGAAAAAAAAACUAGAUAUAACUGACAGAUUGUCUAAUUUAUUUAAUGCCAUUGAGAAAAAGGAAAUAAAAAAUCUGUUUAUAACUUUAUUUCAGUGUUUUUGUAUGGAAGUGUGUGUGAUACAACAGCUAAAGAAACGCUACAGAUGUUCCUGAACUUCUUAACCUGGCAUCAUUUUUGAAGUCCAUUGGAAACAAAAUAUUUGUUUUAAUUUUUAUUACCCAUGUUUAGGCUAUUGCCUAGUUUGUAACAAAGAUUAUGCUUUAAAAAUUAACAUUUAUGAAGAAAAUAUAUAUUUACUUUUAACAUUUACAAUUUACACUAUUUUUAAAAAAGCUUUACAUUUUAACAGUUUAAUAGUUAAGUGAUAUUUAUGAUUCCA